GCGAGCGCGCACGGUGGCAGACAGUCCGGAGUUGCAGUGCGAGCUCAGUUCACCGAAGAUUGCCCGACGAGUCCACAUAGCGCGACUCUAGCGAAGGGAGAAAUAGAAAGAAAGAAAAAGAGAGCGAGACUGAAGGUUUUGUGUUUCUUCCUCUCCGCACAAAAUUAGUCGUUAUAUCUGGAGAGGGUCGCCGCAGUGUGGAGGGGGCACAAGGGAUUUGAACCGCACCGUUAUUUUUUUUAUUUUGUUUUCUUUUUUUUAUUUUUUUUUUCUGUGGAAGGAUUGUGAGGGCUUGUGUGCAAAGAUGAUGGUCGGGGAGAUGGAGGUGAAGGAGAGGCCGAGGCCGAGUCCCGAUUAUCUCAUGCAGUUAUUGAACGAGAAGAAGCUCAUGACGAGUUUACCAAACCUGUGCGGCAUCUUCACACACCUAGAGAGGCUCCUGGACGAAGAGAUAACCAGAGUGAGGAAAGACAUGUACAACGACACAGUGAACGGUCUGGUGGACAAGCACCCACUGGAGUUACCAGAGCCAGUGGGAUCCAUCAUACAUCUGCAGGAGAAACUCUUCGUACCAGUCAAAGAAUACCCAGAUUAUAAUUUUGUGGGGAGAAUUCUUGGCCCUCGUGGACUCACGGCAAAGCAGCUGGAGGCAGAGACCGGCUGCAAGAUCAUGGUGAGAGGGAGGAGCUCCAUGAGAGACAGAAAGAAGGAAGAGCAGAACAGAGGCAAGCCAAACUGGGAGCACCUAAAUGAAGACCUGCAUGUGCUGAUCACAGUGGAGGACACGCAGACACGUGCCGAGAUCAAGAUGAGAAGAGCUGUUGAAGAGGUCAAGAAGCUACUGGUGCCUGCAGCUGAAGGAGAAGAUAAUCUGAAGAAGAUGCAGCUGAUGGAGCUGGCCAUUCUGAAUGGAACAUACAGAGACACCAACCUCAAAGCUCCUACCCUUGCAUUCUCUCUUGCAGCAGCGGCAGCAGCUGCCCAAGGUCCGCGGCUUAUCGCGGCCCCUGCAGGUCAGGUACUCCCCCCAGCCGCCCUCAGGCCCCCCACUCCGGCUGGGACUCCUAUCAUGAACAUCAUCCGGCCCACUCAGAUGGCUACCAUGCUACCCAAUGGCACCCCAACCCUGGUGCCCCCGACGGCCGAUGCGGGCAUUAUCUACACCACACCCUAUGACUACCCUUAUGCCUUGGCACCCACAUCUUUGCUGGAAUAUCCCAUAGAGCACAGCGGAGUCCUAGGUAAGCUGGCGUGGGGACUUGGCACAUCACCCUACUUUGCCCCACAAGAGGGCACUGCCAGGGGGUUUUACGGGGGCGUGUUUGAUGGGGCGUCACCCCACCCCAUUCAGGACUCACUGAAAGGUGCAAUGGCUACUAAAGUGCGGAGACAUGAUUCACGGGUCCAUCCUUACCAAAGGAUAGUGACCGCAGACAGAGCCGCCACCGGCAACUAACAAAUGACCUCUGAACUCUUCACCCAAUGAUGAGCCGCCCAAGCCUGCCUGCUGAUCAGAUUAACUGGUAAUUGCCUUUUGCUAGCCUGGUGGACGCAGAGAGAAAGGCACCUGUCCGAGCAGUGAUCCUAACAUAAACCAACAUAAAAAACAACAACCCUCCAUACCAACAUGUUGUGUAGCGAUAACAACGAAUAUACUCUUUUAUUUUAUAUAUGAGUUUUAUGACCUUUUUUUAAUUUGUUUCUUUUUUUUAAUUACAAAAAAACGAUUGGGUGGAUGUUAACAGCAAUGUUGCAUUACCCAAAAAUCUGCACUGAAGUUUAAAAGCAAUAAAGACGUGUCUUCUGCUAAUUUAGCCCUUAAACACAUUUAUACUCUUAAAACUCCAGUAAAAUAUAUAAACUCGGUGACCCUGAAUUUAUAAGUCAAAAUGCUAAUUGGGGCAUCAGGAUCCAGAUUAUGUUCAUCAGCUACCACUGAAAAACAGUGUUGUACCCCACCCAUUUAAACUGUUGAUAGUCACUAUAAGUCAACAAAAGAAAAAGGAAAGAAAUCUGCACUCACACCAACUUGUGAAUUUCCUGUCUUUCUCUGGUGUAAUACUUUUUAGUUAAUACGUUUUUACUGUGCUGACACAUUCUGGGUGUGCCUGUCCAGCUGACUUAGAGCAUGGCUAAAAUGACAUACUGCAAAAAGCUUGUUUUGAUUUUUCCUUUGUUGUGUUACUUCUCCUAUAUUUGUUUUUCUUAUGUUUCCAUGUAUCGUAUUAAUGGUGUUUGGCAAUACUUGCAGGUUUAUACAUACUGCUCAUUGCAGGAUUGGCACCAGCUCAGUAGGGGGCAGUAAGCAGAGUCAGACAGGGCAAUAGGGGUGUGUUUUUUAAAAGGAGAGAUUAAGGUGAAGUGUUUUUUGAGUAAAUUUACAUUUAGGAUAAUUCAGGGUUGGACAUCUGGGAUUUGAACCGGAAUCAGUUUACUGAACUAUGCCAUCCCAAAAACCCCCCACAUACAGUGCCUGAACUUUCUAGAAAUAUUUCUAAAUGAGCUGUGAGGUUAAAGACAAAAAAAGUAUUAUGUGUGUGCAUUAGCCAAAGGGUUUCCAUUUAAUGAGUUUAUAUGUAUAUACAUAUACUUGUAUCUAACCACCAAGGGUUCUUCAUUUUAGUAUAGAGUUUGAAAACAUUUGAUGUCAUGCCUGUAUCUGUUUAUCAUCGCAAAUGAAAAAUAGAUGAAAUUA